GGGGCCGGAGCAGCAGAAGCGGCUCGGGGCAGCCGAAGGCCAGGUGCCCGCCCGAUCGCCCUAGCAGGGCGCCGCCCGGCUCGUUGGCGGCCGCGGAGCGGCGCGCCCCAUGCCCCUGUGUGGCCAUGUCCUACCCGCAGGGCUACUUGUACCAGCCGUCCGCCUCGCUGGCGCUCUACUCAUGCCCGGCUUACAGUACCAGCGUCAUCUCGGGGCCCCGCACCGAUGAGCUCGGUCGCUCCUCGUCGGGCUCCGCGUUCUCGCCCUACGCCGGCUCCACCGCCUUCACGGCGCCCUCGCCGGGCUACAACUCGCACCUCCAGUACGGCGCCGACCCCGCGGCUGCAGCGGCCGCCGCCUUCUCUUCGUACGUGGGCUCGCCCUACGACCACACGCCGGGCAUGGCGGGCUCCUUGGGGUACCACCCUUACGCCGCGCCUCUGGGCUCCUACCCGUACGGGGACCCCGCUUACAGGAAAAAUGCCACACGCGACGCCACGGCCACGCUCAAAGCCUGGCUCAACGAGCACCGCAAGAACCCCUACCCCACCAAGGGCGAGAAGAUCAUGCUGGCCAUCAUCACCAAGAUGACCCUCACCCAGGUGUCCACCUGGUUCGCCAACGCGCGCCGGCGCCUCAAGAAGGAGAACAAGAUGACGUGGACGCCGCGGAACCGCAGCGAGGACGAGGAGGAGGAAGAGAACAUCGACCUGGAGAAGAACGACGAAGACGAGCCCCAGAAACCCGAGGACAAGGGCGACCCUGAGGGCCCUGAAGCAGGAGGUGCGGAGCAGAAGGCGGCUGCUGGCUGCGAACGGUUGCAGGGGCCGCCCACCCCCGCCGGAAAGGAGACCGAGGGCAGCCUCAGCGACUCGGAUUUUAAGGAGCCGCCUUCGGAGGGCCGCCUGGACACGCUGCCCGGGGGCCCCCGAGCUGCUGGGCCCUCCCCGGCUGGGCCCGCAGCGGCCCGGCUGGUGGAGGAGCCGGCAGCGCAUUACUCCUCGGGCGCAACAGCCCCCGGCCCGCACCCCACCGCGGGAGAGCUGCCUCCGGGGACUGGUGGGCCCUCGGUUAUUCACUCGCCACCGCCCCCGCCUCCGCAGGCUGUGCUAGCCAAGCCCAAACUGUGGUCUCUGGCCGAGAUCGCCACCUCCUCGGACAAGGUCAAGGACGGGGGCAGCGGGAGCGAGGGCUCGCCGUGCCCACCGGGCCCCUUGCCCGGGGCCGGGCCAGCGCUAGCAGGCAGCCGCGCUUCACCGGCCCCAGCGCCAUCGCGCUCCCCCUCGGCUCAGUGUCCCUUUCCAGGCGGGACAGUACUCUCCCGGCCUCUCUACUACACGGCGCCCUUCUAUCCUGGCUACACGAACUAUGGAUCCUUCGGACAUCUCCAUGGCCACCCGGGCCCCGGGCCCGGCCCCACAACCGGUCCGGGCUCGCAUUUCAAUGGAUUAAACCAGACCAUGUUGAACCGAGCGGACGCUUUGGCUAAAGACCCGAAAAUGCUGCGGAGCCAGUCCCAGCUAGACCUGUGCAAAGACUCUCCCUAUGAAUUGAAGAAAGAUGGUGGAGGCUCUAUCAGCGUGGGUCCCAGACUGAGGACAACAUGGAGCAGAGAACUCUGCUGACGAUCAAAGAUAUGUACCGUGAGCAAGAAAGAAAAUAAACCUUUGUUGUUUCAA